AUGCGCCGUCUCAAUCUGCUACUUCUUGCUGGCCUGCAGCUGUCUAGCGCCAAGCAGCCCGGCUUCAGCAUCCACGAUGACAUGCUGGCCUAUCCUCAGUUUGAGGUCGUCUUUACCGACUCCUUUAUCUCCGAGCUGGAUGCGCAGCGACUCGUGGAGUCCUCUAGGUCCGCCCAAUCGACUUACACUGCCGACUUCUCCUCCCAGACCGACCUCACGAGCCAGAUCCGCGAGUCCGCAGCGGCAGACAGCCCCCGAAAUGGCGAGGCAGAUGACGGCAGGCCAGAGGUCUCAGAGGACUACGAGAUCAUGAACAUCCCACCCUCGAAAUAUCUCUGCUCCGUGCCGGUGCUUGCGCCACCCCCGGCGCCGAACCAUACCGCCACCGAGCUGGCCAAGGCUGAGGAGGCACGCGAGCUGGCCCGCGCAAACAGCAGGGGGUGGGAGCUCAUGAGCGGUCUCGACAACACGUGUCUCUAUUAUAUAUCGGGCUGGUGGAGCUACAAGUUCUGUUACGGCCACGACAUCGUCCAAUUUCACGCCCUCCCCAGUGGCGUAAAGGGGGGCAUGCCCGUCAGAGACCCCAAAACCGCCGAGUAUAUCCUGGGCCGCGUUGAGCAGCGGCCCAUUCCGAGGAAAAAGGCAGGGGCGAGACAGAGCAACACCGACAGCGAGCUGCAGACGGAUCUGGACAGCGCGCAGAAGCCGAUUGGUGGAGGCGACUCCUCUGAAAGCCGGACGCCGCCCAACACGGAGCUGCAGGUCAAGGGCGACCAGCGGUUCCUGGUGCAGCGCAUGGAGGGCGGGACGCUCUGUGACCUGACGGGCCGCGAUCGCACGAUUGAGGUGCAGUACCACUGCAACCCUGGCUCCGCCAACGACCGCAUCGGCUGGAUCAAGGAGAUCACGACGUGCUCCUACCUCAUGCUCGUUCACACCCCGCGGCUAUGCGAGGACGUCGCCUUCCUCCCCCCCAAGGAGACCCACGCGCACCCCAUUAGCUGUCAGCUGAUUAUCGACUCCGAAGAAGAGAUCGCCGCGUGGCGGCUGAGAAAAAGCAUCGAGGCCGCCGAGCGCCUGGGCCAGGGCCCCAACCAGGGGCCAGGAGGAUCACAGCAACAAGGCGAUAGCAGGUUCAGAGGCAUGGAGAUUGGCGGCACUGUCAUCGGCGGGAAGCGGCUACACAACACGGAAGACGGCCAGCCCCUCCCGAAGCUGAAGCCGCCCAAGGGUUUCAUCCCGGGCAAGGGGCCCACAAACUCUGGUCCGGUGGUGGAGACGCUUGCCAAGGCUUUCAGCAAGUCAGAAGGUGGCGAGGUAGAGAUGAUGAGCGAUGAGGAGCUGGAGGAGUUGAACCUGAGCCCGGAGUCGAUUGAGCAGUUCCGCAAGGAGCUGGAAAGAAUCGCGGGCGAGAAGGGCUGGGUUCUAGAAGUGGUCGAGAUGCCUGGCGAGGCCCUCGAGAUCAGAGGGAUUGUGGACGAUGACGACGACGAG